CUCCUUCAUAAUAAACAGUACUUGUAAGAUCUUUUUCUUUGUCAUUGAAGAAAAAAUAGAUUGAAAUGGAGAAAAGAUUGCAUUUCCCACUAGUUUUGGCCUUGUUUUUGUUAGCCACCACUACGGUGGUGGCUAACGGAAUGUACAACGUCGAGAGCUACGGAGCAAUACCCGACGGCCGGAGCGACUCGACGACCGCCUUCCUCAGGGCCUGGGAUGCGGUGUGCCGGCUGGAUGGACCGGCCACCAUAUUCGUGCCCCGAGGAAAGUUCAUGCUCAGGAAUGUGUUUUUCCACGGUGAAACUUGCAAGAACACACGUGGCAUAACGUUCCAAAUCAGCGGGACGAUUCUCGCUCCUUCGGACUAUAAUGUCAUCGGACACUCCGAAACGUGGAUCACGUUCAACCGGGUUAACAAUGUCUCCAUUGUCGGCGGAACCCUAGACGCCCAAGGUGCCUCUCUCUGGGAUUGCAAAAAUUCAGGCCAACUUGGCUGCCCCAACGGAGCUGCGACCUUAGCCUUUUACAACUCGGAUAAUGUUGCGAUUACGGGACUUAGCUCAGAAAACAGUCAAAAGUUCCACAUUGUGAUAUACGGAACGCGGAAAGCCAUGCUACAAGGACUGAAGAUAUCGGCGGCGGAGGACAGCCCAAACACCGACGGAAUCCACAUCCAGUCUUCCACCCAAGUCACCGUCCUCGAUUCUUUCAUCGCCACCGGCGACGAUUGCAUCUCCAUCGGCCCCGGCAGCACCUACUUGUGGAUUGACAGUGUCGCUUGCGGUCCCGGUCAUGGAAUCAGUAUUGGGAGUCUAGGGUGGGCGAUGCACGAGGCCGGAGUGGAAAACGUGAAGGUGAAAAACGUUCAGUUCACCGGAACGGAGAACGGCCUGAGAAUCAAGACUUGGGCCAGGCCCAGCAACGGCUUUGUGAGAAACGUCGAGUUCCGGAGGGCGACGAUGGUCGACGUCAGCAACCCCAUCAUCAUUGACCAAAAGUACUGCCCGGGUAAGAACCAGAACUGCCCCAGCCAGACGUCCGGAGUUAAGAUUACCGGCGUCACGUUCCAAGACAUCCAAGGCACGUCGGCGACCAAGGUGGCUCUCGCGUUGCUGUGCAGCAGCAGCCGGCCGUGUAAAGGGAUAACGGUGGACGGCGUCAAUCUUACUUAUAACGGCCAGCUAGCUCAAGCUUCUUGCGUUAACGCCGCUUGUCCCCAUAGCUUCGGCCGCAAUUGACGUAUUACUUUAAUUAGCCGACAACUAUCUAUUUGUGUGAUAUUGUAUGGUACCAAUGAAAAACGUAAGAAUUUUGGUAUAUCGACUUGCUCAAUC